GCCGCACUGGCUUCACUUGCUUACCUUUAUUUGGAGUGGCCCUCGGAUAUAAACCUGGCUUAAUUGGGGAUGAUGGAACGGUUUGUGCUUCCAGUUGCGCAGCUAUGGCAGCGACUGCUCAGUAUUCCUAUGUUGGGCUAGCUCUAUCUGACCGCAGUCGGUCUAUAGAGCCAGUGUGCAGAGGAGAAGACGGCAGUGUUUUCACAUCUCCGUGCAGAGGAGAAGACGGCAGUGUUUUCACAUCUCCGUGCAGAGGAGAAGACGGCACUGUUUUCACAUCUCCGUGUCGGGUGGUUCAGUCAGCGGGAGCAGCUACCUCUUUGGAUAGACCAGGAAGGCGAAGGGCAGCGACUAGAGGCGCCUCCUUCUCCUUGCAUUGUGCAGUGCCAUUGUCAACAAGAGCCUCUACAUCGAAGAAGAAGAAGGCAUCAGAUUGCUCCUUUUCUUCUGCCCGGCUUUCCAUUCACAGCCGGAUAUGGCCCCAGAGACACAAUAGGAAACCUGAGGGUCUUCUGGAGGUUGGGUCCCGCCUGUCGAUUGAAAACGGGAUCUGGGCCCAGAGGAAACCUGAGGGUCUCGUCGAGGUUGGCUCACUACAUGGGGGUGGUGGCAGCCAGAACAUCCCAUUGACAAUCAAGCUGAAAGCUGACCAAUCGUGGAAGGAGUGUUGUUUCCAUGGGGCUGAGGUGCUGCCAUCGUGGCUUGUCUGCGAUUCUUCUUUGAACGUUCUUCCCGCGGUGGGGAGAUGCACCGGCGAUCUGUCCUCUGCCUCCAGUCUUUGCAGGCUGGGCCACGUGUCAGCGUCAGCGAGCUGGAGCAGGGGUUCUCAGGCGCGCCAUGCUAUGGGUCACCACAAUGUGUUGUUCCCCAGGGGGUGCAAAAUGAAAAUGCCAAUCUCCUCCCGCCGAAUUUCGGCAGCAGCAAACCCACUGCAAGGUCAAGGUCCUGUGAAUGUGGAUGUUGCAGGUGAUCCCGGCGUUGUUCCUGCGUUUGACGUACAGGAUGGGGAAGAAACGUCGGUGUCCGCUGCUGAACUUCCCUCUCAGCCCUUGAUUUCCGCCGACGAUGCCAAGGAGCGGCCCAAGGACGUUGACAGGAGGAAGUUGGCCGUCUUUGUGUCCGGGGGAGGGUCCAACCUUCGCGCCCUGCAUGCGUCGAUUCUGGGCGACAAGAUCAAGGGGGAGGUGGCCGUGGUUGUGUCGGACAAGCCCAAGUGUGGAGGUUGUGAGUACGCCAGAGAGCAUGGCAUACCUGUCAUAGCUUUCCCUCGGAGCAAAGCAGCGCCCGAGGGUGUCUCUGCGGAUCAACUGGUGACCAUGGUGCUAAAUUUAGGAGUGAAAGCUGUGCUUCUUGCUGGGUACUUGAAACUCGUUCCUGCUGAGCUCGUUCGGGCCUUUCCAAGGGCUGUCCUCAACAUCCACCCGGCUUUGCUGCCGGCCUUUGGAGGACAGGGCUACUUUGGAAUGCACGUGCAUGAGGCUGUUGUCAGAUCAGGUGUCAGGGUGUCAGGAGCCACGGUGCACUUUGUAGAUGAAGAAUUUGACACGGGGCCAAUCGUAGCACAACGCGUGGUGCCUGUUUACCCAUUGGACUCAGCACAGGAAGUAGCACAAAGAGUGCUCAAGGUGGAGCACGAACUCUACUCCUGGGUGGCGGCAGCUCUGUGUGAAGACCGCAUAGUCUGGAGGGAAGAUGGGCGACCAAUGAGCAGCGAUUGUUCCUCCAUGAGCAGAGCAGAGCGGAGCAGAGCAGGGCAUGGCAGAGCAGAGAUUGUUCCAUCAGCAGAGCAGAGCACAACACAGCGGAGCAGAGCAGAGCAGAGUGGAGCGGAGCGGAGCAGAGCAGAGCAGAGCAGGGCAGAACACAACACAGCGGAGCAUAGCAAAGCAGGAGAGCAGAGCAGAGCAGAGUGGAGCGGAGCAGAGCAGAGCAGGGAUUGUCCCAUGAGCAGAGCAGAGCAGGACAGAACACAACACAGCGGAGCAGAGCAAAGCAGGAGAUUGUUCCACGAGCGGAGCAGAGCAGAGCAGAGCAGAGCAGAGCAGAGCAGAGCAGAGCAGAGCACAGCGGAGCAGAUCAGAGCAGAGCACAACACAGCGGAGCAGAGCAGAGCAGAGCAGAGCAGAGCAGAGCAGAGCAGAGCAGAGCAGAGUGGAGCAGAGCAGAGCAGAGUUUGUCGCAUAAGCAGAGCAGAGCAGAGCAGAACACAACACAACGGAGCAGAGCAGAGAUUGUUGGACGAGCACGGUGGCAAUGUAGUUGUUUUUUUUGUUUAUCAAACUUUGUUGUUUUCAAAUCAGGUUCCUCUUUUGUGUAGUAUAGAACGUGUCAUUUGAGUCCUUCUGGACAUCCGUUAAAAUUGGAAAGGUACAGAGAAGAUUAGCAUGGCCCCUGCACAAGAUUCGAUUUCUUUUUCUUUUCUCUUUCUUUUUUUGUUAACAUGAAGGAAGUGGCAUUUGAACUAUUUCUUGUUUCUGUGUAUAAAUGCAUGCGUGUUGGGAAGGGGAAGCACACCUGCCCUUGAUGCUUUUGCCUGCAGCAGCUUUUGCAAAGGGAGGACCUUUGAACAAUACAUGCUCAGGCAAUGAGAUAUGCUACUUGCACGCACGCAUUAUACAGGGGUGAAUCACGCACCAACAUCCUUGCCAUACGGCUCCUUCGACCACCGGUGGAAGUUCUGCAGCAAGUAAAGAGAACAACUGAAC